UACCAUGUGUGACGGCGCCCUGCUGCCUCCUCUCGUCUUGCCCUUGCUGUUGUUGCUGGUUUGGGGAUUGGACCCGGGCUCAGCUGGCGGCGACGCGGCGGCCGACGUGGAGGUGGUACUCCCGCGGCGGGUGCACCCAGACGAAGUGCACCUGCCGCCGCUGCCCAGCACCCCAGGGCCUCGUCGGAGGCGAAGACCCCGCGCGCCCCCCGCCGCCCUGCGGGCACGGCCCGGCGAGCGCGCCCUGCUGCUGCACCUGCCAGCCUUCGGGCGCGACCUGUACCUGCAGCUGCGCCGCGACCUGCGCUUCCUGUCCCGCCGCUUCGAGGUGGAGGAGGCGGGCGCUGCCGGGCGUCGUGGCCGGCCUGCAGAAUUAUGCUUCUACUCCGGUCGGGUGCUCGGCCACCCUGGCUCCCUCGCCUCGCUCAGCGCCUGCGGCGCCGCCGGCGGCCUGGUUGGCCUCGUUCAGCUUGGGCAGGAGCAGGUGCUAAUCCAGCCACUCAAUGAUUCCUGGGGCUCUUUCAGUGGACGAGAGCAUUUGGUCAGGCGCAAAUGGUCCUCAGAACCUAGCCCCUCUGCUGAGAUGCAGGCCUCUGGGCAGCUCUGCAAGGUUCUAACAGAAAAUAAGAAGUCGAGGAGGGACAGGCCCUCGUGGGACUGGCGGGAACGGAGGAAUGCCAUCCAGCUUACCCAUGAGUACACAGUGGAGACCCUGGUAGUGGCUGAUGCUAAUAUGGUCCAGUACCAUGGGGCAGAGGCAGCCCAGAGGUUCAUCCUUACAGUCAUGAACAUGGUAUAUAAUAUGUUUCAACAUCAGAGCCUUGGAAUUAAAGUUAACAUUCAAGUUACCAAGCUUGUCCUGCUACGACAACGUCCUGCCAAAUUGUCCAUUGGGCACCAUGGUGAGCGUUCUUUGGAGAGCUUCUGUCACUGGCAGAAUGAAGAAUAUGGAAGAGCACAAUAUCUCGGCAACAACCAGAUUCCAGGAGGGAAGGAUGAUACGCCCCCUGUGGAUGCAGCUGUCUUUGUGACCAGGACUGAUUUCUGUGUUCAUAAAGAUGAGCCAUGUGACACCGUUGGAAUUGCUUACUUAGGAGGUGUGUGCAGUGCUAAGAGGAAAUGUGUGCUUGCUGAAGACAAUGGUCUCAAUUUGGCCUUUACCAUCGCUCAUGAGCUGGGCCACAACUUGGGGAUGAACCAUGACGAUGACCACUCAUCCUGUGCUGGGAGGUCCCACAUCAUGUCAGGCGAGUGGGUGAAAGGACGGAACCCCAGCGACCUUUCAUGGUCUUCCUGCAGUCGAGAUGACCUUGAAAACUUCCUUAAGUCAAAAGUCAGUACCUGUUUGCUGGUCACAGACCCCAGGAGCCAGCAUGCAGUGCGCCUCCCUCACAAGCUGCCGGGCAUGCACUACAGCGCCAAUGAGCAGUGCCAAAUCCUGUUUGGCACCAACGCCACCUUCUGCAGAAACAUGGAGCAUCUGAUGUGUGCCGGUCUGUGGUGCCUGGUUGAAGGAGAUUCAUCCUGCAAGACCAAGCUGGACCCUCCCCUGGAUGGCACUGAGUGUGGGGCAGACAAGUGGUGCCGCGCCGGGGAGUGUGUUGGCAAGACACCCAUCCCAGAGCACGUGGAUGGAGAUUGGAGCCUGUGGGGCACCUGGAGCAUGUGCAGCCGAACAUGUGGCACAGGAGCCCGUUUCCGGCAGAGGAAAUGUGACAACCCCCCCCCUGGGCCUGGAGGAACACACUGCCUGGGAGCCAGCGUGGAGCACACUGCCUGCGAGAACCUGCCCUGCCCCAAGGGCCUACCCAGCUUCCGGGACCAGCAGUGCCAGACCCAUGACCGGCUGAGCAGCAAGAGAAAGGGCCUGCUGACUGCCGUGGUGGUUGAUGAUAAGCCCUGUGAACUCUACUGCUCACCCCUCGGGAAGGAGUCCCCGCUGCUGGUGGCUGACAGGGUCCUGGAUGGCACACCCUGCGGGCCCUACGAGACGGACCUCUGCGUGCACGGCAGGUGCCAGAAAAUUGGCUGUGAUGGCAUCAUCGGAUCGGCUGCCAAAGAAGACCGGUGUGGGGUUUGCAAUGGGGAUGGAAAAACCUGCCGAGUGGUAAAGGGGGAUUUCAACCACACCCACGGCUCAGCUCUCAAAGAUUCCAGUAAGAGAUCCAUCAACAGCGACUGGAAGAUUGAGCUCCCUGGAGAGUUUCAGAUUGCUGGCACUAUUGUCCGCUAUGUUAGAAGGGGCCUAUGGGAGAAAAUUUCCGCCAAGGGACCAACCAAAAUACCACUGCAUCUGAUGGUGUUAUUAUUUCACGACCAGAAUUACGGAAUUCAUUACGAAUACACAGUUCCUGUAAACUAUACUGCGGAAAAUCAAAGUGAACCAGAAAAGCCCCAGGACUUGCUGUUCAUCUGGACCCACAGCGGCUGGGAAGGGUGCAGCGUGCAGUGUGGAGGAGGGGAACAUAGAACCAUUGUAUCUUGCACACGAAUUGUAAACAAGACCAUGACCCUGGUGAACGACAGUGACUGCCUUCUAGCAAGCCGCCCAGAGCCCCAGGUCCGGAGGUGCAACUCACAACCAUGCCAGUCACGGUGGGCAGCAGGGCCAUGGAGCCCCUGCUCGGCAACCUGUGAGAAAGGCAUCCAGCACCGGGAGGUGACCUGCAUGUACCAGCUGCAGAAUGGCACACAUGUCGCCACACGGCCCCUCUACUGCCCAGGCCCCCGGCCAACACCAGUGCAGAGCUGCGAAGGCCAGGACUGCCUGUCCAUCUGGGAGGCAUCAGAGUGGUCACAGUGUUCUGCCAACUGUGGUAAAGGGACACAAAAACGAACUGUGACAUGCACCAACUCACAAGGAAAAUGUGAUGCAGCCAGGAGGCCAAAAGCUGAGGAGGCAUGUGAGGACUAUUCAGGCUGCUACGAGUGGAAAACAGGGGACUGGUCUAAGUGUUCCUCGACCUGCGGGAAGGGCCUGCAGUCCCGUGUGGUGCAGUGCAUGCACAAGAUCACUGGGCGCCAUGGCAGCGAGUGCCCCACCCUCUCCAAGCCCGCUGCCUACAGACAAUGCCACCAGGAGGCCUGUAACGACAAGAUCAACGUGAAUACCAUCACCUCUCCACGCCUUGCUGCCCUGACCUAUAAAUGCACACGCGACCAAUGGACAGUGUAUUGCCGGGUCAUCCGGGAGAAGAACCUCUGCCAGGACAUGAGGUGGUACCAGCGCUGCUGCCAGACUUGCAGGGACUUCUAUGCCAGCAGGAUGCGCCCACCACAGCAGCCACAGUCCAGCUCAUGA